AAUUCUCACUCCCUACUGUCUCUCAACCCUUCACGUGAAGUAGAGCAAGUCACCCAUCCUUCUCGUUGAUCUGCUCCAUUUUCCCAGCUGAAAUCAAUGGCCAAAGAACCAGUUCGUGUUCUUGUCACCGGUGCUGCAGGACAAAUUGGAUAUGCUCUUGUCCCUAUGAUUGCUAGGGGAGUCAUGCUAGGUCCUGACCAGCCUGUAAUUCUCCACAUGCUUGACAUUCCACCAGCUGCUGAGGCAUUGAAUGGGGUUAAAAUGGAGUUAGUGGAUGCUGCAUUCCCCCUUCUUAAAGGUGUUGUUGCUACAACCGAUGUAGUUGAGGCAUGCACUGGGGUCAAUGUUGCUGUAAUGGUUGGUGGGUUUCCCAGAAAAGAAGGUAUGGAGAGAAAAGAUGUGAUGUCUAAAAAUGUGUCUAUCUACAAGUCCCAGGCUUCUGCACUUGAAAAGCAUGCAGCUGCAAACUGCAAGGUUUUGGUCGUUGCCAACCCUGCAAACACCAAUGCAUUGAUCUUGAAGGAAUUUGCACCAUCAAUUCCUGAGAAAAACAUUACUUGUUUGACUAGAUUGGAUCAUAACAGGGCAUUGGGUCAAAUUUCCGAAAGACUAAGUGUUCAAGUUUCUGACGUGAAAAACGUUAUCAUCUGGGGCAAUCAUUCUUCAACUCAGUAUCCUGAUGUCAACCAUGCAACAGUUAAGACCACAGCUGGCGAAAAGCCUGUCCGUAAGCUUGUUGCAGAUGAUGCAUGGUUGAAUGGGGAAUUCAUAACUACUGUUCAACAACGAGGUGCUGCAAUUAUUAAAGCUAGAAAGCUUUCAAGUGCGCUAUCUGCUGCUAGUGCUGCUUGUGACCAUAUUCGUGAUUGGGUUCUUGGAACUCCAGAGGGCACCUGGGUGUCAAUGGGAGUAUACUCUGAUGGUUCCUACAACGUACCAGCUGGACUAAUUUAUUCAUUCCCUGUAACUUGCCGUGAUGGGGAGUGGAAGAUAGUUCAAGGCCUUUCCGUUGAUGAGUUCUCAAGGAAGAAAAUGGAUUCGACAGCACAAGAACUGUCGGAGGAAAAGGAAUUAGCUUACUCAUGCCUCUCUUAGACUGCUUGCUUCUUCUUUGGCGUUGUUGCUGGUCCCUUCGUGUUUUCUAUGACAGUAGUAGUCUAUAUAAAUUGAAUAAUGCAACUAUUUUAAUUACAGAAUAACUGCUAAUGGAGAUGCUGCUGCUUUCGAAAGUAAUCACUUUAAUUGCAGCAUGCAGUACUCAUGUUUUUCACUCAUGAUAAUGGACACAACUAUAUUCUCCGUAUUU